CUUGAGACAUUGCGACAGCUUCAUGUUGUGAAAACACGCAUGGAGCAAUGCAAAGCGCAGUUGAAAGAGGCGGAAAACUGGAGCCAACUUGAAAAUGAAGCAACAAAAGCAUUGACUCAACAAGACUUUGAAGCGUGUGCAUUACGUCUACAACAAGCCCAACAAAGUCUGGACGUUUUCCAGCACACACCCGAGUUCGAUGUCCGACGAGCUUUACUAGAAACCUUACAACAUGACCUUGAAACUGCCCUUCACCCUACUAUAUUACGAGCAUUAGAAGACCAAGACACCCGCCAAUGCCAAAAGCUAUAUGGAGUAUUUGGGCGCAUUGGGCGCUCAGACGGAUUUGUAGAAAUAUACUUGACAGCCAAAAGCCCAGCGUUGCAAAAGGGUUGG